AUGGCUAGAUCGAGAAAAUCCAAGGUUCACGAAGAUGUGGACUUAGACGAAGUAGAUGCAUUUGAUGCAAAUAAAGAAAAGAUAUUGUUGAAUGAAGCAGGAGAUUAUAGACCAAGAAAUGGUGAAUAUGAAGACGAAUCAUCCGAAGAAGAAGUUAUGGAAUUAGGUGAAGAGAGCGAAGGAUCGGAUUCAGAAGGAGCUUUAGAAGGCAACGAAGACGAAUCACUAGACGAGGAAGAAGAAGAAGAAGAUGAAGAAAAAGGAUGGGGUGGUAGACAAAAUUACUAUGGUGGUGAUGAUGCCAGUGAUGACGAAGACGGCAGACAAAUGACUGAAGAAGCCAUAAAACAACAAAAGAAGCAUUUGAGUGAGUUGGCAAUGGAUGAUUAUGUUGACGAUGACAUGAUGAAUGACUGGCAAAAAGUUACAGAAGAUUUUGAAAACAAGGAUGAUAAGAAGUUCCAGUUGGUGAUCAACGAAGGGGGUUCCGAUGCCUUAGAUAAUUUAGAUGACAAGGAAAAGUUGAAACUUUUGAACACAUCUUUCCCGGAAUUUGUUCCAUUGUUGAAAGAAUUAAAUCUGUUAAAACCUAGAUUAGCCAAAUAUCAGAAACAGGAACGUAACCAAUUAAUAGAGCUUAAAAUUGUCGCAUUGUCAGCAUAUUUGAGUGCCAUAACAUCAUAUUUUGCCAUAUUUGUGGAUAAUUUGAAGAGUGGUGAAACGUUUGCUACAAUGAAAGAUAGUCCAGUGAUGGAAAGCAUUUUACAAUCGAGAGAAGUGUGGAGGCAAGCCAGUGAAUUACCUGAUACACCUGCUAAUGAAAAGACACUUAAUGAUGUAAAUGAGGCUUAUGAUUCUAUUGAUGAAGAUGAAAUAUCAGAUGACGAUGAAGAUAACUUUGUUGAUGCCAUUGGUGAUAAUGAAGAAUUACAAGACGAAAAUGAAGAUUCUGAAGAAGAAAGCGAAGAAGAUGAAGACGAAGAUAAAGAAUUUGAUAUUGAUAUCAAUUCAAAACGUAACCUUAAGUUACCAUCUAAAAAGAAGGCUGUAGUUAAUGACUUCACUGAAGUUGCCACACCAGAAGAAGUCGAUAUGGAAGAGAAGCAACGUCGUAAGCGUACCUUACGUUUCUAUACUUCUAAAAUUGACCAAGCCGCAGCAAAGAAUAACCGUGAACGUUUGACGGGUGACUUAGAUUUGCCUUAUAAAGAAAGGUUGUUCGAGAGACAACAAAGGCUUAUUGAAGAAGCAAGAAAAAGAGGUUUGGGAGAAGACAAGGAUCAACUUGGUGAUGAUUUGGAUAACGAAGAAGUUGGUUCUGACGAUGAGCAACUUGUCAAUGAAAUCAAUGAUAUUAAGGACAGUGGUGAUGACUAUUACCAAAGCAUGAAGCAAAGCAAAAUUCAGAAACAAGAAUCUCGUCGUAAGGCCCACGAAGCUGCUGUUCAAGCCGCUAAAGAAGGUAAAUUGGAAGAAUUACAAGAAAGAUUGGGCGACGAUGGAAAGAGAGCUGUUAAUUUCCAAAUUCUUAAGAAUAAGGGUCUUACUCCUCAUAGAAAGAAGGAUAACAGAAACUCGAGAGUGAAGAAGAGAAAGAAGUAUGAAAAGGCUCAAAAGAAACUUAAAUCUGUUAGACAAGUCUAUGAUUCAAGUAAUAAAGGUCCUUACCAAGGUGAAAAGACUGGUAUUAAGAAAGGAUUAUCUAGAUCUGUUAAAUUGGUUUAA